AUAUAAAAUUAAAAAAUUAUUAACACCGGAUUCGUUCCCAACUUCUUCCUUUCAAAUUCUUUUAACUUCUAAAACGUGUCUUUUUCGUGAAAAUCUUAAAAAUUUAUUAUUUUUAAAGACUUACGUCGUUAAAAAUAUUUCAAAGAAAAUGUCUGUGGAGCAUCUAGUCCAAGAAAAUGUUUGGCUUGACAAGUCUAAAUAUUCUGAUGCAGAACGUAUAUACCAUGAAAAGCAAGCUCAGAAUACCUGUCAAGUCCCGGGAAAGAAAGUGUUGUUAGCAGAAAUUGAAAAAGCACGUCAAAUUUUACACGACAAAGUUCAAAAUGUAAAUGAACUUGAAUCAUCUAAUAUUUGUCCAAGUAAUCAAACAAACAAUGCUAUUGCUGAGUUGAAAAAUGCUUUUAAAAACUUGGAAAUUCGGGUUAGUGUAUUAGAAGGAAAAACACCUUGUAAUACCUUGUCAAAUUCAAAUUCAUUAAACCAAGAUAUUCUACAGUUGCAAAAUUUAUUGAAACAACUAGAAACCCGAGUCACUACAUUAGAAGCUAAUAAAUCAUCUACUACCAUGAUUAAAAAUAAAGAAUCUCCAAAAAAAGUUGAAAAAGAUGACGAUGAUGAUGAUGUUGAUCUAUUUGCAUCAGAAUCCGAAGAAGAAAGUGAAGAAGCUGCUAAAAUCAAAGCACAGCGUGUAGCUGAAUAUGCUGCAAGGAAGUCUAAGAAACCAACUCUUGUUGCGAAGUCUAAUAUAAUAUUGGAUGUAAAACCAUGGGAUGACGAAACUGAUAUGAAAGAAUUAGAAAAGGAAGUUCGCAAGGUGACAACAGAUGGAUUAUUAUGGGGAGCAUCAAAACUUGUACCUUUAGCUUAUGGAAUACAUAAGCUUCAAAUCAGUUGUGUUGUGGAAGAUGAAAAAGUCUCAAUUGAUUGGUUACAAGAAACAUUGCAAGAAAUUGAAGAUUAUGUUCAAAGUGUAGAUAUUGCUGCGUUUAAUAAAAUCUAAACAAUCAUAUACCCAAAUAAUGUAUAAAUUAACCAUCAUUAAAAAUAAAUUAUAAUUUUAAUAAAAAAAAAUGUAUUUUGUGUA